AUGGAGAGCGAAGAACGGCCGAGUAAAAUGCGCAAGCUGGAUGACGGCAGUCAUCAUGGCGAGGAUGCAAGCCUACGGCGUACAGACCAGAAAGAAAUUGACGCUGAGACCGUCAUAGUCCAGGAAAAUGGAAGUCUGAAUCCCCAAAAUGGAGAAGACACUUCACACGAGGACGACGAACCUGAUUCCGACGGUCACGAUGAGAACGAGGAAUUGCCUGCUCCGGUCGAGACUGCUCCAGCUGUCGGUGGUAUCAAUGACAUCUCGGCGAACCCAGCACUCUCGAAGAAUCAACUGAAGAAGCUUCGCAAGAAAGCCGAAUGGGAGGCGAAACGAGAGGAUCGCAAAGUCAUCCGCAAAGAAAAGCUUCAGGCCAGGCGCGAGCGCAAGAAAGCCGCGAAACAGGAAGCAGAAGCCAAUCCUGAAGCAGUCACGGACACGAAGAAGCCGACCUACCGUCAACCCGCUGUUCAACUUCCCGUCACGAUCGUGAUCGACUGUGAUUUUGACAACCUCAUGCACGAUGGGGAGCGAAUGUCACUCGGCUCACAAAUCACACGUUGCUACUCUGACAACAAGAAUGCUCUUUUCCGCGCACAUCUCACCAUCUGCUCGUUCGGAGGUAAGCUCAGAGAGCGAUUCGAUGGCCUGCUGAAUGCAACCUACAAGUCCUGGCGCGGCGUACGUACGUUCGACGAAGACUUCGUGGAGACCGCAGAGAAAGCGAAGGAGUGGAUGAGAUCGGACCAAGGAGGACAACUUGCAGGGUCUUUCUCCAAGUAUGCGAACCUUGACGACGAUGCCCAAACCAAACUCAAGGAAGAAGGUGAGAUCGUCUACCUCACCUCCGAGGCCGAUGAGGACUUGACCGAAUUGAAGCCCUAUUCGACAUACAUCAUUGGUGGACUGGUCGACAAGAACCGCGAGAAAGGAAUCUGUUACAAACGUGCCACUCGCCGCAAUGUCAAGACCGCUAAGUUGCCCAUCGGAGAGUACAUGGAUAUGUCCAGCCGCAAAGUCCUGACGACCAACCACGUGAACGAGAUCAUGGUCAAGUGGCUUGAAUGUGGUGAUUGGGGCGACGCUUUCAUGAAAGUCAUUCCGAAGCGGAAGGGCGGCAAGCUCAAAGCUGCAGGCAGCAUGGAUGAGAGCGAAGACAAGUUCGAAGGCGACGAAGUAGAUGCGACCAGAGACCACAAUCAUGACAAGGAUGUUGAGCCGGAUGAUAAAGAGCGCGACGAAGCAAAUGGGAGGCAGGACAACUCAUGA